AUGACGCGAGAGAAGCUCGUCGCCGCGUUACUUCUCGGUCUACUCGCGAUAGCUCUGAGUUUGCCUCAACAGCCGAAAUCCAAGAGGCCUACUCCAGUAUUCAAGCAAUCUAAAACUGGUGCCUUGCUGCUUCCCGACAACGCAACGCUUAUUCGCGAGAAUAUCGUCGAUACAUUUUCGUGCAAGGACAGAAUUUACGGUUAUUAUGCCGACAUGGAGAACGAGUGCCAAGUGUUUCACGUGUGCAUGCCGCAAACAAGGAGCUCGAUUAGAUGGAGCUUCAUUUGUCCCGCCGAAACAGUUUUCAAUCAGGCGACAUUCGUAUGCACACAAACGGAAAGCUCGAUACCAUGCGAGGAAUCGGAAAAAUAUUACUCUCUAAACGAGAACAUUGGAAAAGAAGUGGAGGAGGAGGAAGAGGCAGAUCAGGACCGAGGGAAGAAAAAUGCGACGAAGAUUUUGAAACCUGAAGUGGAAACGUUGUCGAAAAAGUCAUCCCCGAAAACUUCGAGAUUGCUAAAUCGAGAGAAGUUACUUCAGCUUUAUUAAAAGUUGACGUUUUUUAAUCGGCUUAUUAAAAAAAAAUAGCGUUAUAAAAUGUGAUGACUAUUAUGAUUAGCCAAACUCAAUUAAAGUAUAAAAGAAAUUUUAGCUUGCCCCGGUCAAGGAUGACUAAACGCUCAUUUAGAGUUUAAGUUAAUCGCUUAUCCCUUAUAAACUUAUCUCGUAAGAACCUUCAUAAUGGCAGAUAAUGCGUAGAACUAAAAUUUAAAUUAUUGUCACACAAUUAUUUUACAAUGUAAAAUAUAU